CGCUCACCCAACACCGUGACACUCUCCCACAUGCCGGCCACCAUUGCUGCGCACACGCUGCAGGUCAUCGGUUAAUGUCGCGUCGCCCUGACCCUUUGUCUCCACCAUCGUCACCGUCAUGUAUCGCAAUCGCAACGAUCCGCGUCUGCGCCGGACGCUGGACCACAUCUCGCAGAACCUUGAGUCGGCCAACGAGUCUGCUCAGGCCAACAUCUACUCUUUCUCCCACAACUACAUCCAGCCGUGCUUCUCCUCGGUCGGCGGCUGUUUCCAGGCCUGUGUCGCGCCAUGCGCCCGAAGCCGCGAGGACCGCCUGCGUCGCCAGCGUCGCAGAGGCCGCGGCAGGGCUGAGCUGAACUUUGACUUCUACGACGACUGGGACGAGGACGAGAACGAUGAGUUUCUCGGCUGGGGCAACAAUGAAUUUGACAGGCUGCUGGCUGGCUCCGGCAGUCAGCCCACCUCCCACCAGCCGGGCCGACAGCGAGCUAUGAGCUACGGUGCGCGCAGAGGCGAACGAAGAAAGAGCGCCGUCCAGCCCCACGACGGUGGGCCCGAUCCCACAAUCAUACCUACGAGCUCGUAUUUUGGUUUUCUGGGGAGGCUUCCAUGGAAGAUUGGAGGUAAGGGGCUGAGAUACAGGCCCUCGGCCGCAGACCUGCAGGAGCACCCGGGCGCAGGCCGGAGAUCGCUGGAGGAACAGCCAUUGAUUGAGGAGAGUGACGAAGAAGCAAGCCCCAAGCGGCACAGGAGCGAAACCACGGCGUCGGGUCGGACUACUGACUCCAUGAGCUCACGAGGCGACAUCUUCCCGAGUGAGGACGAGAUAGACGAUGCAGUUCCCCUGGACGAUGAGUUCGCCAUGGUGCUUGAGCGUCGGAAUACAGGCAUGUUCCACGACGAUAACAGCAGUGGGAAGACACCUCACGACAAACGGCCAUUUGGGUCACGUAUGUCUACCAGAACCCCGUCCUCGAAAAGUGCGGAUUCUAGAAGACGCUCAGAUAUGGCAUCUCCAACGGUGGACAAGCGUUCAGAAGCUGGCAUUCAUGAGAUCCCAACAAUGGUCGACCUCCGAUACGAAGAGGAGCGCCUUCAACGGGAAGAGGAAGAAGUCGUCGAAAGGAAACGCGACGCAGCGCGAGUUCUCGCUGCGAAGCGCGGUCUUCGACCAGACUCCCCUUCGCCGUCACCUUUGUCCGAAACCAAAUCUGCGCCAGUGACACCGGUACAUCCAGUGCCACGGCAGCAGACGCCAGAGCGGCCAUCGUCGCCCGGCACCAUUCCAUUCCCUUCAUUUGAUGCGCCACCAACGGAAAUGACCUUUGCGGCGCCUGACUACAUCAAACCACGUCAACGUGACCGCCAGGACACUGCGCAGACCCAAGACGCGCCUGACACAUCAUUUGUCCCUGCCAAACUUCCCCAUUUCAAGCCCGGACCCGAGUGAGAUUGCCUUGACUGAAAAGCCACUGACAUAGGCGCUUGCUCUCUAUCUACAUGAGACCUUAUUUCGAUGAGUUUUCGCAACCACCUGCCCCCAUACCGACCGCUGCCACGUCUGGAAAAGGAGUUUUGAAUUGCGCCGCGAGGCAUUGCUACGAAGAUGAUACCCAAACGCGGCGUUUUGUAUUGUGUCUCAGAUGAACCGGGCAAGGGAUGAUCGGCGCAAAAAGCAUUAAAGGCGUCAAAGAACGGAAGGGUUUUUUUCUUUUUAAUUGCCUAGAUAAUUAUGGAUUAGAGAGGACGCGCUUUUAGCGCAAAUAGACACGGUCUAUCUUGUUUCGCUCCAUGAUAGACAUGCUGUUACGGGAG